UGGACCAGUCCCCACAAUGCACUGCGCUGAACGAUUACGCACUCAGGAGCGCGCUUCACCCGGCCUCACUGCCCGUGCCCGUACUGUCGUUUACAACAAGCCCUCCAAAUCCAUACGGAUUAUACCGAGAAAGCUACCGCACACACAGCCAGUGCCUUCUAACAGUAUGGAAUCCACCCUUAAGAAAGACACGGAGAGCACAUGUGUGCUGUGCUGCCAGGACAUCGACAUGUUCGCGGUGGGGAAGUGCGAUCACCCGGUGUGUUACCGCUGCUCCACCAAGAUGCGGGUGCUGUGCGAGCAGAAGUACUGCGCCGUCUGCCGGGAACAGCUCGACAAGGUGGUCUUCAUAAAGAAACCUGAACCAUUUGCUGCUCUGAAAAUUCAUCAAUAUCAGUGUGAGAAGAAAUAUGACAUCUAUUUUGGAGAUGGGAAGAUCUAUGCGCAGUUCAGGAAGAUUUUGUUACAUGAAUGUCCACAUUGUCCAGAACCAAAAGUGUUCUCCAAAUUUGAAGAAUUAGAGCAACAUAUGCGGAAACAACAUGAGCUCUUCUGCUGCAAGUUAUGUGCUAAGCAUCUGAAGAUAUUCUCGUACGAGCGGAAGUGGUACAAUCGAAAAGACCUGGCUCGCCAUCGAACGCAAGGGGACCCGGAUGACACCUCGCAUCGUGGACAUCCGCUUUGUAAAUUCUGUGAUGAUCGUUACCUGGACAAUGAUGAGCUACUGAAGCACCUGCGACGAGAUCAUUACUUCUGCCAUUUCUGUGAUGCAGAUGGAGCUCAGGAGUAUUACAGUGACUACCAGUACCUCAGCGAGCACUUCAGAGAGAGCCAUUAUCUCUGCGAGGAAGGGCGCUGCAGUUCAGAGCAGUUCACUCACGCUUUCCGCACAGAGAUUGACUAUAAGGCUCACAAAGCUGCUGCCCACAGCAAAAGCCGGGCAGAGGCACGGCAGAAUCGCCAAAUCGACAUUCAGUUCAGCUAUGCACCCAGACAGCAACGAAGAAAUGACGGUCUGGUAGUUGGUGGCGAUGACUAUGAGGAAGCGGAUCGCUUCAACAGACCGGGAAGACCAGGUAGAGGACGAGGCCCAGGAGGACAGCAGAACGUCAGGAGCUGGAGAUAUAUUCGAGAGGAAGAGGACCGAGAGAUGGCCGCUGCUUUGCGAGCUUCAAUGGCCAGCCGACAAGAAGAGAGAAGCCAUGCGCAAGACAGAAGCAGUCAGAAGCCACGCAAAGAAGAAAAGAUGGAGCCAGAUGAAAUAAGAAACAACAGAGGCACAGCGAAGCCUGCGAUUGAAAUGCAAGCUCGAUCAAUGAAGAGUAAUGCCUCUUUGGCUGGUCAGGACUUCCCAGUUUUAGGGGCAGGGGCAGCUGCACCUCCAGCCCCAAUUCAAAGCACGAUCAAACAAACUUCUGUCUCCCUGAAGGAAGAUGAUUUUCCAAGUUUGUCUGGCUCAUUAGUUUCCUCUCCAAUGACACCUGCAUACACAAAUCAACCCAAGAAACAUUCAUCCUUCCAGGAGGAGGACUUCCCUGCACUGGUCUCCAAGAUCAAACCACUGAAGCCCCAGUCGAGCACAACGUCAGCCUGGUCUCAAGCUGGAAGCAAACCUGUGGUGGUUCCCAAUAAACCUGUAGUUCUGCCCACCAAAACAGCCCAUGUGGUCUCUUCAUCCAUACUGUCCGCUAGUGACCCGCCCCCCAGUGGAAGUGUGCCUCAGCCUCUCUCUGCCGCCUCUUCUCGCCGCAAAAAGAAGCUCACCCCUGCUGAAACCCACAAAGCUCCACCUAAAGUGAAAUGUCCAUCCUCGUCUGAUGAUGAGGACCCCCAGAGCGGUAAAACAGCCCAGGAGAUCCGGACGGUACCGACUAUGCUUGACAUUUCCACUUUGCUGACAGUGAAAGGUGGCUCAUCUCAGCUCAGCCCCAACCCCAACCCCAAAGCCAGUAAGAAGAAGAAGCCAGCGAUGACUUCAUCUCUGGGCUCUCCCUCGCACACUCCGGAGUCCGUGUCCAAAAUGGCUCACAAAGAGAACGUUCCUGAGAUGAAGCCACCAGAUACCAGUCUCGCCAAAGCUCCCGCUGCGCCCAAAACAAACUCAUUUAUAAAUGGACUCGCGGAGAAGCCAGUAGAAGCACUGUCCUGUACAUCAUUUCCUGAAAAUGUUCCUUCCCCUUUCAAGCAGACAGUUACUGAUCAAGCCCCUCCAUCCAAAGAAGAGGAUUUCCCAGCUCUUGUUUCCAAAAAGCCUCCACCUGGCUUUAAAAGUGCUUUUCCGUUGAAGAGCACUCAGAGUGCACUGCCUCCUCCUCCUCCUCCUGGCCUCGGGUCUGUUGUCAGCAAACCUCCCCCAGGAUUCACUGGCAUCCCACUCAACAGUAAUGUGGUGGAGUCAUCAGUGUCGGAUGUUAACAGACCGACACCUGCUAUUGGAUCCUACCUCAUACCUGAAAAUUUCCAGCAAAGAAACAUGGACCUUAUUCAGUCUAUUAAGAAUUUCCUUCAAAAUGAUGAAACCAAGUUCAAUGAGUUCAAAAAUUAUUCAGGCCAGUUUAGACAGGGUAUAAUCCCUGCUGUCCAGUACUACAAAAGCUGCCAGGAGCUGCUGGGAGAGAAUUUCAACAGGGUUUUCAACGAGCUGCUGGUUCUCCUACCAGACACUCGCAAGCAACAGGAGCUUCUCACUGCCCACGGAGACUUUAAGGCUCUCGAGAAACAGCAGCAAGGCUUGAAGCCUAAAAAAAACAAAAAGAAAGCCUGGCAGACAUGCACCAGCAGCAACAGCCUGGAGUUGGACUGCCAAGUGUGUCCCACCUGUAAGCAGGUGCUGGCUCUGAAAGACUUCAACACCCAUAAGACCCAGCACAUUGGCGAUGAUGACUUCCCCUCUCUACAGGCCAUAAGCAAGAUUAUCAGCUAGCUGCCAGCAGACACAUGUCCACGGCUGUCUGUGACACACGACCUGGAGCUGCACCAGGAUAUUCGCAAGAUGCGUGAAAGGAUGAGGGGUUGUCGGAGCUGCAGUGAAAAUGUUUACUCGGAUUGUUCAGGUUCAGAAAGUUUUGACAACACCUUUUUUUAAAGGGGAAAGAUCAACCCUAAACGUGUAAGUGGAACUGUAACUGUUUUGAAGAGAAACGGGUUUAAUCUACUUGAAGGCUUGAGUUCUAACGUUAAUUCCAGUUCAUCUUGACAACUUCUUUUGAUCAGGUUUUUCCAGUGCUGUUAACAUGGUCAUUUUUUUUUUAAUUGUAAGGUUGGCUGCCUUUAAAAAAAACCCUAUUUAUUUCAGAAUGCUCCUGCCGUUUAGUUGAAAUAUAUUAAUUUCUGUUUACAAACUCUACAGCACAUAAAAAUGAAUGGUUAAUAUAUAGUUUUCUUACAGUAAGCUACUUUGAUCUGUCAACUGAUUUUUGACAAAUGACAUUUUUGAAUGUUUGUUUGUGCUUAAAUACUUUGCAAUUAAACAAUCAAGCAGGGGAACACAAUGCACCGCUCGGCACUCCUUAGGGCUCACGUUAUUGUCUUUUCUCUGUUACACAAUUACAUCAGUGUGAAAAAGUUUUACCUGCCUUCAAAUAUAACACCAGACAGACAUUCUGAAAGGUUGGCGGAUAGGAUCAGAUUACAGAAUGUUUUGGCUAAAUGGAUAAUUCUUUAAUUUGUUUGCUUAGUUUUUGUUAAUUACCAUUGUGCUUGUGCCUCUUAAAUGGUUUUUCUCCCUCUCAUAGAAAACUGUUGAGACUUCAGUACGCUCACCGUUUCUAAUCUCUCUUACAUGAACGGCUAAUUGUGGCAAGACCCUGUCGUCAACAAUUUGCGAUGUGUCAGGACAUAUCUGCAGAAUAAAUGCUGGUCGAACAUUA